GUAAAUGUAAAACAACUGAACUGGAAACAGGCCCGAGAAGAGCUCGAUUCGCAUGCCAUGAGCUCAGUAGGCCUCACUAGCGUAAAAUCUCCGCCUCAGCGCCAUUCCUCCCCUUCUCCGCCAUUGCCCAUUAAUCGCCGUCACUUCAACUCGCUGCUCUUCAAGAGCCAGAAAAUCUUUCAGCCAGUCUGCCUUAGCUUGAUCCUCCUCGAUUUCAUGGCUGACUCCGACACCAGGGCUUCUGUUUUACCUCAAUCUGAGUGUGAUGAAAAUGGUGGAACGAUUGAAACUGUUGGACGGAACUACGCGGAGAUUAUUGUGAUUCGUCACGGUGAAACGGAAUGGAAUGCUGAUCGCAGAAUCCAGGGGCACCUAGAUGUAAACUUGAAUGAUGUUGGGAGACAGCAAGCAGCUGCGGUGGCUGACCGGCUUUCAAGGGAGCCUAAAAUUUCUGCAGUAUAUUCAUCAGACUUAAAGCGAGCAUUUGACACUGCUAAGAUAAUAGCAAAAAGCUGUGGGGUACUUGAGGUGAUUAAAGACCCAGACUUACGGGAAAGACAUCUUGGGGACCUUCAAGGCAUUAUCUUUCAUGAGGCUGCCAAGGUUAAUCCAGAGGCUCACAAAGCAUUUGUAUCUAACCAAAAGGAUCAAGAAAUUCCAGGUGGUGGGGAGAGUUUUAGUCAACUGUAUGAACGAUGCACAUCGGCUCUGCAGAGGAUCGCAAACAAACACAGAGGAGAGAGAGUCGUUGUAGUCUCCCAUGGCGGUACCAUCAGAGCACUUCACAAAAAGGCUUCUCCGCAUAGAGGGCCUAGUGCACGAGUUCUUAAUACUUCUGUAAAUGUGUUUCAUGUGUCUGACAACGAAUGGAGCAUUAAAUCAUGGGGUGAUGUGAGUCAUCUCGACCAGACAGGAUUUCUGGAGUCGGGUUUUGGUGGGGACAAACAUUCUGGAUAGUUAAUUGUUGAAAGAAGUAUAAUUAUUUCUACCAGAAUGACAAGCCAGUAACUUAGACUCAAUAAGAUCCAUUUUCUCCCUGGAUGAACACUUAUAGGAAAUCACAUAUAUCUUUGUUAAGAUCCAAGUAUUCCUGUGCUAGUCUAAAACUUAUAUUUACAACAGUUUGCUUUACUACAGUCUAAUUAAGGAGUUCUCCUUACUCA